AGAAGUGAGGGUUUACGCACGCCACACAGAAUAUUUUUGUCCCGAUAAAUUAUUGAACUUUCACUCUGUGUAUGUGUGUGCUUAUAACAGUAAAGUGUUUAAUAAAUACUAAAAAUAAUAAUAUUUAAGUCUGCGUAUGUGGCAAGGUGUGUCGCACUGCGCUUUACUUUUGUAUAUAAGCUCUUACAUCUUCAGCUUUGAAGACACAAUCAAGCCAACCAAACACACAGCACAACAUGAAAUUCCUCGUGCUCUUCUUUGUCGCACUCGCUUGCGCACACGCCGUGAACUUGCCAUACAUCAUCUCCCGUCCAAAUGAUUCCAGCGAGGAGGAAUAUCGCGUCAUUGUGCCGAUCAAGGGCGAAACCGACGUAGAUUCGGUGAAAGUGAAAGUGCCACGUUUGCUCACGCCUGAUGUCAAGCAACAAAUUAUCAAACAAACUUUAGCUGCACGCGGUUAUGGUUCAAUUUUGGCCAGCACUACUGCAGCUCCGUUAUGAUGAGAUGAGCUCGAUCAGUUACAAAUGUCGCCAAUACUUUAUAGCUUUCAAAUAAGUAGUGUGCAGGUGUUGCCAGCUGUUGUGAGUGACCUAAACAACCCUUCGUGUCUGCAGUGCUUGUAGUAUCUGUCCUGUCUCUAAGUCGCAUUUGUUAUUCAAACAGCUCUCUUAAAC